AUGUCGGAAGGUCUGGCCAUGGAGGAAACAUUCUAUCUACGGCAUUUUGUUCGACAAUUUUCUGUAUCUUCCUCCAAGUCAGCUAAUCCAAAAACAGCAAUUCUCAUGUUAAACAUGGGAGGCCCUCAGAACACAGACCAAGUGCAUGACUAUCUCUUAAGAAUUAUGACUGAUCGAGACAUGAUCCAACUUCCAGUUCAGGGAACUCUUGGGCCAUACAUAGCAAAACGAAGGACACCCGAAGUGCAAAAGAAGUAUGCAGAGAUUGGUGGAGGGUCUCCAAUUUUUAAAUGGACAAAUUUACAGGGAGAGUUGAUGUGUCAGAAACUGGACCAGGUUUCACCUCAGACUGCACCCCAUAAACAUUAUGUGGCCUUCAGAUACGUGGAUCCUCUCACAGACCAGACACUGGACCAGAUACAGAAAGAAGGAGCAGAACGAGUUGUAGUAUUCUCUCAAUACCCUCAGUACAGUUGUGCCACUACAGGUUCAAGCCUGAAUGCUAUCUUUACAUACUUCAAGAAUAAAUCUCGACCAAAGAACGUUAAAUGGAGUGUAAUUGACAGAUGGCCUGUACAUCCUCUAUUAGCAAAAACGUUUGCUGAUCGUAUUCUGACCGAGCUAAAACAGUUUCCUGCUGAAAAACAGAAGGAUGUUGUCAUUUUGUUCUCAGCUCAUUCUCUACCACUGAAGGUAAGUUGAAAUAGCUAUUUUUUA